GUGUCUAGUGCUGCUUGGCACACUCUUCAGCCUCGUGGCACUCGCAGCAAGCAAUGCAGCAGCAAUGCCCAAAUACUUUGUGAAUAGUCCGCUGUGCAAGAUGCCCUAUGUGGAUCCCUUCAGUGCCGAUGUCAUGGCCAUUUACAAGAAAAUCAAGCUGAAGGAUUGCCACAACGAUAGUGAGCUGGUGACUGCCGAAUACGAUCCGAAACUGAAGCAAUAUCGAGUGCACACACGUCUGGAUUUGGCCAGGAAAAUGGCCAAGGAGAAUGUGACACUCGAGUGUGGCUAUCAAAAGAUUUACAGGGAUGGCAAUGCCACAAUACCCGAUGAUGCAUACAGAAUGUCAAAGGUUAUACCCCUAACCGAUAAUCUGUUGCUGCCCAACGAUGUGGAAUACAUAACCACACGAUGCUUCCUCAACAGCAGCAGCAGCAACAGCAAAAGUCACAAAUUAAACAUCACGCAAAGGGAUGCCAUGACCUUUGUCCAGGAUCACCUCACACCCGAGGAGCUGGUGCAUUCGUUUCGCCUGCUCAACGACGAGCAGGAGCCCAAGCCGAAUGUCAUUAUCCUGGGCAUUGAUUCCACCUCGCGCAUCAAUCUGCGUCGCACCAUGCCACAGGUGCUGCGAUUUCUCAGGAACCUGCCCGGCUGGUUCGAGAUGCAGGGCUACAACAAGGUGGGCGACAACACGCUGCCCAACCUUCUGGCCAUUCUCUCGGGCGACAAUCAUGUGGAAAACUCUGAAGCUGGCAAGUUUAAGGUGAAAGGCUUCCUAGACUCAUUGGACUACAUUUGGCAGCACUUCAAGGAGGCGGGCUAUACCACAGCCUACGCCGAGGAUUGCCAAUCACUGAGCACGUUCAAUUUUCACAAGCCAGGAUUCAUCCGGCAGCCGGUCGACUAUUAUCUCCGCCCCUUUGUGCGGGCCAUUGAGAAAACCCUCAAGCUGGAGCGACGGUAUGAAAUGAAUUUCUGCGUGGGUCGCCACAUCAGCUCCGGCUACGUGUGGGACUUUGCCGUGCAGUUUGUGCAGCGUUUCCUCGAGGAGACGCCCCUGUUUGGAGUCUUCUGGAGCAACAGCUUCACGCACAACGUCUUUUCGGCUGGCAGUGCCAUGGAUCAUCUGUUCAGGGAGUAUCUGCUGCUGCUCCUCAAACUGGGACUCUUCAAGCGUUCGAUUGUGCUGCUGGUGAGCGAUCAUGGCUAUCGUUUUGGCAAUAUUCGAACGCGCACAAAGUCGGGCUACCUGGAGGAACGUCUGCCCAUGAUGUGGCUGUAUGUGCCCCCAUGGUUCCGCAAAAGGUAUCCCCAUUAUGUGGCGAAUCUGCGCAAGAAUCGCAAUCGCCUGUCGUCCAACUACGAUGUGCACAUGACCCUGCAGCACAUUCUGCAGCUAAAUACACGCUCCCACGAGGCUUUUGAUGCACGAAUCAAGGCCAAAAAGUGCCAGAGCUGUCGAUCGUUGUUCUUCGAGCUGCCAGAGAGUCGCAGCUGCUCUGAGGCAGGCAUCACCGAGAAAUGGUGCACCUGCCACCCCACAACAACAGUCACAAAUCGCACCCAAUACAUGGCCGUGGCACGCGCUGUGGUGCAACGCAUGAACCAACAUUUGGUGGCCAAGAAACUCACCCAUCUCUGUGAGAAUUUCCAACUCAAAAGCGUUCAAGUGAUGGAUCGCAAGGAGAUCUUGGGCGAAAGGAGCACCACAGCAGCUGCAGAGCAUGUCUAUGUCCUGAAUUUUUAUACAGUUUAUAAGAAGCCGCAGUUCGAGGCCACAGUUAGAUGGAAUUCAAGGAGCAGCACACUGAAAAUGAAUGUGGAUGAGCUGAGUCGCAAGGAUUCGUACGCGGCCACUGCAAAAUGUGUAAAAGAUUCGCUUGUGAAAAAGUAUUGCAUAUGCAAGAAAUUGCCAGUGAAGAAACAUAAAUAAAGGG